AACAACGGAGAGCUUAGCAACCAUUGAGCCACCAGGCAGGCAGGCAGAUAGAAUCGCUAUCGAAACUACACACUGAAACAUAUUGCAAUGAACAGAAAACGAUUGACGAAUCCUGUAGUGUGGCUGCUGAGCUCAGUACGCAUAUCGAACGGCUGCAAGGUAGGCCCCACCAGUAGCAUCCGCAGGAACAUCUCGGGAAAUGACAGCAUAGAGGCGCAUCCAGAGGUUCAUGGCAACAAGUUCUUCUACUUUGGAUUCGGAAGUAAUAUGCUGGCACAGAGGAUACACAUACAAAAUCCCACUGCCCAGAGGAUCGGUGCAGCCCUCCUGUCCGACUAUCGCUUAGACUUUGCCCAUGAGAGUCCACGCUGGAGGGGAGCUAGUGCAACAAUUGUGCCCACGCCGGGCGAACACACGUGGGGUGCUCUCUGGGAGAUCGAUCUCAGCAAUAUGGCUGAUAUAGACAACGUUCAUCUGGGCACCUAUGAGGCAACCACUGUGUGCGUAAAGCUCCAGAAUGAGAAGACUCACAUCCCGGCUCGUGCCUUUAUGAUGACCAAAACCCACCUGCCGGAGACCAAUCUGUACGACAUGUCUCCCGAUCAAGUGCCUCCGGAACGGCAGCCAUCAAAGACCUAUUUGCAGUGCCUGAUCAAGGGGGCCAUGGAGAGCUCGAUACCCGAAGAGUAUGUCACUCGCUUACGCAAUCUUAAACAUAAUGGCAAGGUGGUCAGCAAUCUGGAGGAGAUCCUUAACUUGCAGGAUGUUUGCCUUCCAUAAUCCCCCCCUGGGGUAUAUGGGAAUGGUAGAUCAUAAAGAUCCCAGGGCUUAUCGCAUCCAUUCUCUGUUUCUGAUUUUUAUCGGUUAUGCAUAGCGUCAAUCGGUCGGUUAGGAGCAAUUAAAAAUU